CGGGAGUGUCGGCAGACGGCGAGGCGGCCGCGGCGACGGCGACGAGGUGAGGUGAGGUGCUGUGAGGGAAGAGAACCUGAGAGCCCUCAGAAGCCGGAGGAGAGGCAAGGACCCCACUUACUCUUAACAAGUGGAUUAAGACACAUGCCCAUUGAACGCUUCUACCGAGAGGAGGUGAAGGCCAGAAUAGAGGGGUACAGAUCUUGAACUUUUCCAGAAACCUCGAACUGUAAGGUCACACUCACUGAACACAGGGUCCUGAGAGCAGUGUCCCGUCUCCAUGAAGCUGACGUGACCGCAUCCAGGUGAAAGGGCCCCCCGCCCUGUCCAUGGACAGAAUGACCAAAACCCGGCUCUUCCGCCUGUGGCUGGUCUUGGGGUCCGUCUUCAUGGUCCUCCUGAUCAUCGUGUACUGGGACAAUGUGGGCACCGCCCACUUCUACCUGCACACUUCCUUCCCCAGGCCACACCCCCUGGAGCCACUGCCCACCCCCGCGCACGGGGCAGAGAAGGGGUUCACGUCAGACGUGGACACGUUUCUGCAGAAACUCUUCAGUGGCGGCCUGAAGCAGAACGCCCUUUCCGGUAAAAGGACGGAGCAGCCCUCCGUGCCGGCCUCCAGCAGGCCCGUGCUGAGCAACGCGGAGGAGAGCGUGAGGGGCUAUGACUGGUCCACCCACGACGCCCAGCAGGGCCCGGACCCGGGGGGGCAGCAGGCCGAGAGGAGGAGCGUGCUCAGGGGGCUCUGUGCCAACGCCAGCUUCGUAUUCCCCACCAAGGAGCGCUCCUUUGACGACAUUCCUAACUACGAGCUCAACCACCUCAUCGUGGACGACCGCCAUGGGGUCAUCUACUGCUACGUGCCCAAGGUGGCCUGCACCAACUGGAAGCGCGUGAUGAUCGUGCUGAGCGAGAGCCUCCUGGACCGCGGAGCCCCCUACCGCGACCCCCUGGACAUCCCCCGGGAGUAUGUCCACAACUCCAGCACCCACCUGACUUUCAACAAAUUUUGGCGUCGCUACGGCAAGUUCUCCCGCCACCUGAUGAAGAUCAAGCUGAAGAAGUACACCAAGUUCCUGUUUGUGCGGGACCCCUUCGUGCGCCUCAUCUCGGCCUUCCGCAGCAAGUUCCAGCUGGAGAACGAGGAGUUCUACCGCAAGUUCGCCGUGCCCAUGCUCAAGAUGUACGCCAACCGCACCGGCCUGCCCGCGUCCGUCAGCGAGGCCUUCAGCGCGGGCCUCAAGGUGUCCUUUGCCAACUUCAUCCAGUACCUGCUGGACCCACGUACCGAGAAGCUGACGCCCUUCAACGAGCACUGGAGGCAGGUGCACCGUCUCUGCCACCCCUGCCAGAUUGACUACGACUUCGUGGGGAAGCUGGAGACCCUGGACCGGGACGCCGCCCAGCUCCUGCGGCUCCUCAAGGUGGACAAGCUGCUUCACUUCCCCCCGAGUUACCGGAACAGAACUGCCAGUAGCUGGGAGGAGGACUGGUUUGCCACGAUCCCCCUGGCCUGGAGGCAGCAGCUUUACAAACUCUACGAGGCCGACUUUGUCCUCUUUGGCUACCCCAAGCCCGAGAACCUUCUUAGAGACUGACGGCAUCGGGGCGGGGGGGCAGUCCCGGUCUCCGGGACAAACGGGGCUAGACGAGGGGUCUGCUGUAGCACGACCUUCCUCCAGGGAUGGGGCGAUGCGUUGCCGCGUAUAUUUUUUUAUGGCUUUGCGUCCCUCCCGGUCUGACCCAUGGCGCAGUUCCACAACGCUCCCGUUGACGAGGCAGCUGGAAACACCCGGAAUCGACCGUACCCACGCUCCGGUUUUUAAAAUCACCUACGAUUUUGCAAUCUGGACCUACUGUUGACUCCACUGCCUAUAUUCCUUGAGUACUGUGUUAAUAUUGUUUUUUAAGAUUAAUAUAUUUCAGAUAUUUAAUAUGAAAAGUGGAGGAGAGGAUGGAGUAAAUGUUACGUCUGCUUCUGCCGCCUGCUUCCGUGGUUAUUCUGGUAGAGCGACAGGGGCUCGGUCAGGGGCUCUGAGGGACUUGACCUCAGAAACUCGGGUGAAGGCAGGGAAUUUUCAUGGUCGUCGUCAGCAAAAAGGAGGAGCCUACUCUUGAAAUCAGGACUCACCUGUAUUUUUAAAAGGGUAGCAGAUCCUUCGCAAGCGAAAGCUCUCUGACCGUGUGAUAUUUCUGAGGAGGGAAAUCGGUUAGAGAGGGUCUUCUGCUUGAGACCGUACCUCAGGGCACAGUCACGGAAGCGGGACAUUAGUCGCAGCUGUUCCCACGAGGUU